AUGACUUCCAAGUCUUCUGACCUAGGCUUUGGCGACGGGUACCACUUCUUUCGCUCUCAGCUCGCUAAGCCAGUUCUUCCACCGAAUGGGAUAUCCGUUACGGGACAGACAGCUAUCCUCACAGGCUCAAACACUGGGCUUGGGUUUGCCUGCGCAAAGUGGCUUUUAGAGCUUAACGCCGGCGAAGCAGACGCGACAGAGCUGCAUAAAAAGCACGAAGGCGCCCAAAUCGAUAUAUGGCAGCUUGGCAUGCUUUCGUAUAAGAGCGUGCAAAACUUUGCAGCUAAAUGUCGAACAUUAGAGGGGCUCGACAUGGCCAUUCUGAACGCUGGAGUGAUUGAACAGUCGUUCCAGCUAAGUCCACAAGGCCACGAGAAGAUGUUCCAAGUCAACUAUCUGUCCACUGUUUUGAUAUAUUUUACCAAAUUUCCUAACCGAGGCUCCGAUCCUUUCUUAUCAACUUUUGAUGAUAAAGCAAAUUUCAACACGUCAGAGCAAUAUCCUACAAGUAAAAUACUUGCUCAUUUCUGGAUAUUGAAGCUUGCUGAAAAAGUCAAGAAGGAAUAUGUGAUUGUCAAUUUGGUGGAUCCUGGGCUGGUUAAAGGCACCGAAAUUAACAGAGCAGUCAAUCAUAUCAUUAAGAUGAUUUUCGAUAUAGUCAUGUGGGGGUUGGGUCGAACCAUGAGAAAUGGGUCCAGCACCUAUAUUGAUGCAGCAGUAUUGAGGGAUGAAGAAACGCAUGGCAGCUACUUGAUGGACUGGAAGAUAUAG